AAAAAAUUAUGAAAUUAAUUAUUUAGAUGUAAUAAUCACAAGAAAAAAUGAAACAUUGCUGUUCCGAAAAUACGAAAAAAUAUGUAAUAAUAAUAAGGUGAUUAAUUACAAGUCAUAUUCUUCUAUAGGAAUAAAAAGAAAUGUUUUUUUGAUGGAAUUAAAGAAAAUAUUUAAUAGAACAACUUUAAAAAAAUAUAUUGAAAUUGAAACUAAGAAUCUUUUUAAAAAAUAUUUAUUGAAUGACUAUCCACAACAGCUUAUACCAAAUGAAAAACAAUCGAAGAAUCCUUUAGAAGUUGCAGAAGUCGUAUAUGAAUUGAUGUGUACGUGCACAGAACGGAAAAGCUACGUUGGAGAAACAGGAAGAAAACUGGAAGUGAGGCUAAAGGAGCAUGAGGCGGCAAUUCGAUUGAACAGAACUGAAUCCCCGUGGCAACAACACUGCAGUAUUAAAAAUUGUCUUAUUGAUCGUAGUAAUAUUAAAAUUUUGUAUAAAGAAAAAAAUUUUGUAAAAAGACGCAUCAUAGAACAUUACUGUAUUAAAGAACAUGCAAAUUGUAUAAAUUUAAAUACAGGAGCAUAUGUCGAUGCAUGCUGGGAUAGCUUGAUGAACUAUAAUAGUACUGGCAACUUAACAGUGUAAUAUCCACUGAAGAGGCUAAAAUAGCGAAAUAUAUAUGGAUAACAUAAUAAAGUAAGAAAUAGUGAAAAUAAUUCUCUGGUUUUCUCUGUUUUUUUAAACUCUAUCGAAGUCGGAAUUAAAGAGUGAACGUCACUUGUGGUUCUUAAAAGUUUUUUAAACGGAAAAAUUUUUAGAAUUUAUUAAUUUUAAUAUUUGUCUACACCGAUCCCAUUGUUUUUAUUAUUUAUU